UUCGUGCACAUACUAUUACAUAUAUUCCCAUUAAUGCCUAUUUAGAGUAGUAACCUAAAUAUUACUGGAUGAUAACCGUGUGACAGCCUGCCAACUAUAAAAUACAAAUGCUUAUUUGUAUUUGUUGUGUAUUUCUGAAUGGAUUUUUUGGGGUUGAUGUAGUUAUACUAUGUAAACAUUAGAGGGCGGUAAAACGCUCAAUUUUUACCUUAAAUCGCGAACAGGACGGAAACAGAAACAAGACAAGAAAGAAACCAAAAUCCAUUAGACUGGAGUAUUGUCGGCCUAUAUACUGAAAUGAGCUAAUCAACAGACAGGAAUUUGUGUCCCACCUUUUUCUCUGCUGCAUUUAAUUUUAAAUUAAUUUUGUGCAAUUAUUUAUUUCACAAUGUUUUGUUUCUUCUUGUCUAUCAGUCGAUGUCAAAAUGUAAAACGGAACCCAUAAAAAAACAAAAAACGACAUAAAACGUUCGUAAUGCGCAUGCGCAGCCGAUGUUUAACGAAGUUAUUAUUACCACGUGACGCAGGUUUCUACCGUUGCUAACUUCUGGCAACUACUAGAAAUGAUGAAAUAUCGAGAAAUGCUGUAUGCUGAGUUGUCGCUAGGUUGUAUAUAAGAUGGUAAUUCAAACCAGCGGUAGGAGUUAACUACGGAAGCGAUCUCCAUGCACCAACAUCAACUAAUGCUAAAAUUAGCAUUGAAUUAGCCGAGUCGACGUAGAACGAGGAAGAAGUCUGCGACAACAAACGCCGUCUGGUCCCGGGCUGUGUCGUCAUGCGGAGCCGACACAGAGGAUCCCAGCUGGGAUUGCUGCUCCUGGCCUCCCAGCUGUACCAAGUGGGUCUGGAUAACAUCCCACCCGUUACCUUGGCUGUUCUGGCUAUCAACGUGUACCUUUACCUAUUCCCUCUUGCUCCUCUGCUGCAGACCUGUGUGAGUGUGCACUGGUUUAAAGAAUGGCGCCGCCUUUUACUGUCCCCACUGCACCACGUGGAUGACUGGCAUCUCUACUUCAACAUGGUGUCUUUCGUGUGGAAAGGUAUCAGACUGGAGAGAAGACUGGGUGGGCCCUGGUUCCUCUACCUGCUGUCCGUCUUCUCUCUGCUCACCGGAUUAGUGUAUCUGGUGUUGGAGGCUUUUCUGACCGAGCUCACACAGGACCAGUCCCACAGCAUGAGCUGUGCUGUUGGCUUUUCAGGUGUCCUGUUUGCACUGAAGGUUCUCAGCAACCAUUACCACCCUGGAGGUGUGACAUAUAUGAUGGGUUUCCCUGUGUCUAAUCGAUAUGCUAGCUGGGUGGAGCUAGUCCUAAUCCACAUUACAUCACCUGGGACCUCUUUUGUUGGUCAUCUAGCUGGGAUCUUGGUGGGCUUGCUUUACACUGCUGGACCACUGAAGACCCUCAUGAACACUGUUGCAGAUUGUGUGACAUCGAAUGGAUACAAUGCCCGGCCGAGGACUUACUACAGGUCUUCAGGCUCCUCAGGAUUCAGAAGCAGUGGUGCAGGAUACUCAGGACACCAUCAGUAUGGACCAGCUAAUCACACAGCAUCCUAUACAGGUGGACUGUCAGAGGGAGAGCAGUUAGAAGCAGCUAUCAGAAACAGUCUGAAUGACAGAGGACAAAGCAACCAGGGAGGAGCUCCUCCCCCUUAUGGUUUCCACGUACCCGAGGAAGCGAGAGCUGAAGACAUCAGGUGGCACAGGCUGAGGAGGUUUGACAGGUGAAAUUGGAAGGGAGGAGCAUUUAAAUGACAGAACAGGAUGAAUUCCCUCCUGAAGCUCUGACUCUGCUCUCAUAAGGUGAGCAAGAGUUCCCUGAAUAGGCAGGUGUACAGUAUCCACACAGUCUGAUGCAUUCAUGUGUUAAAAUGUACAAUAAUUGAAGACUAUUACCAAAGAUAUUAUAUCAGUUUUGGAAAGCUAAUGGGGUUCAAAUGCUGUUCUAGACCAAUCAGGAAGUUAGGAAGAACUUGGUUGUAGUUUAAAGCUAUUACUGGGCUAAGGAAAGAAAUAUUGGCAAAAGUAUUUUAGUUUUUAUUUUAGUUUUCAUCAUUAUAAUAAUAAUUAUUACUGUUAUUCUCCACACAUUUAGACUAAUAAAAUAAAAGCAAAAACAUAUACUGUAAGAUGUGAAAACUGGCUACGACUGUGUUAUGUUCAUGAUCAUAGAAUUAUUAUAAAAUGGCAAACACAUGGCUUUGCUUUAUCAUUAAAAGUUUUUCCACUUA